ACGUCAUCCUUAACAGAAGGGGUGAUUUGCGGAUUUCAUGUAGUAGAAGGGCUGAUUUGCCAGUGUUUCUUGUACAGGGGCUGAAUUGCCACAACAUUGCAGCCUAUCUAAGCUCUCUCAUCAUAGAAACUAUUGAAAAUGGCAAAGUCUUUGAGCUUUAUUUUGGUUCUUUCUCUUCUUUUCCUUGUUCCUCUUUGUUUCUCCAAUGAGACUCAUGGAGACUGCCUCUACCCACAAUUUUAUGACCAUUCUUGCCCCAAAGCAAAAGAGAUUGUAAAAUCCAUAGUGGCUAAAGCUAUAGCAAAAGAAGCACGUACGGGUGCUUCACUAAUUAGGUUGCAUUUCCAUGAUUGUUUUGUCAAGGGAUGUGAUGCAUCAUUACUGUUAGACAGCAGUGGGACUAUAAUCAGUGAGAAGGGAUCAAACCCCAACAGGAACUCUGCUCGAAAAUUCGAAGUCAUUGAUGAGAUCAAAGCUGCAUUAGAGAAGGAGUGCCCUCGGACGGUGUCUUGUGCUGAUAUCCUGGCCUUGGCUGCUAGAGAUUCUACCGUUCUUACAGGCGGACCUAGCUGGGAAGUCCCUCUGGGAAGAAGAGACGCCAGAAGUGCAAGCUUGAGUGGCUCCAACAACGAUAUUCCUGCUCCAAACAACACGUUUCAGACAAUUCUUACCAAGUUCAAGCGCCAAGGUCUUGAUAUAGUUGAUCUUGUUGCCCUGUCUGGGAGUCACACCAUUGGAAAUGCGAGAUGCACCAGCUUCAGGCAGAGGCUCUACAACCAGACUGGAAAUGGAAAGCCUGACAACACUCUGGAUCCAGCAUAUGCUGCCCAACUGCGCACCAGAUGCCCACAAUCCGGUGGCGACCAGAACCUGUUCUUCUUGGACUAUGUUAGCCCAACCAAGUUUGAUAAUAACUACUUCAAGAACAUCUUGGCUUUCAAGGGCUUGUUGAAUUCUGAUGAAAUUCUAUUGACCAGAAAUGAAGAGUCAAAGGAGUUGGUUGAGAAAUAUGCUAAGGACCAGGGUCUUUUCUUCCAGCAAUUUGCCAAGUCCAUGGUCAAGAUGGGAAAUAUCUCUCCCCUGACAGGUAUUAGGGGUGAGAUUAGAAAGAACUGCAGGAGAAUCAAUGCUUAACUUAAAAGGAGAUGCAAAUGACAGAAGUAAUUAUCCUGCAGGAUGUAUUGUCGUUUUUAGUUUCCUGUUUUCUGUUUCUAGCUUUGAUGUUCUGGACGUGGAAAUUGUUGAAUUCAGUUCUUAAGGUGGUGUUUAUCGAAUUUUGAAUAAUAAUUGUAUGAUUUACUUGAUAUGAAGGUCUCUUGCAUAUCCAUAAUGUAAUGGAAUUUCACACUUUUCAAGGUGAAAAAGGUCAUUUACCAUUUUGCUCAAAUAAAAGAUUCAGACAUAA